AUGAACGACGAAAUAAUCCUGAGGACCUUAACCGCAGGCAGUAACAUUCCAUUCGCCGACGAGGAUGGGAUGCCAGGCGUCGAGCACCGCCGUCGAUCAAACCUCGCCCGCAAAGAACCCACGAAAGAGAGCGUCGCGUUGAAGCAACGGAGUCAGCAGAGUUUCGCGAGCUUCCGUUCGAUGGUCCAGUCAAAACUCGUGCAGGAGGAAAGCGUGUCCGUGUUGCAGAAGAGUGUGAUGCUCGGCCGGAAGGAGUCGCCUCAUUACAAACGCGUGAAACAAUCGCCGAGGAGGGACAAAAGCGACACGGUGGGAACGGGUUUGGAGGAACCGACCACGCUUCAGCGGUACGAGAAUGCCGUGUUGAAGUAUCAGAAGCCGAAAACGAGGCCCAGAAGACAGGCCAGUCGGGACCGUCAACAGCAGCAGCAACAACCUAACCACGGCUGCUCGAGCAGCGACGAGAGCGUGGCCAGGAACAAGUCGAAGAGUAUCAGCUCGAUCGACACGCAGUCGGUGAACAACAUCCUGGACGAGUACGAGGAUCUGGACUACAGGAGAUCGUCGGAUCUGAGCGAUUCCGGCAGCGUGAACGUGUCGAACUUCGAGGCGGUGAUGAUGGAUCAGCAGAAGAAGCUGCAGCAGGAGAAGUCGCGAGCGACGAGGACGCAGCCGAAGCGGUCGCCGGUUCGAGAGAGAUCGCAGCCGGUUCUGAAAGUGAACCAGCAGACCCAAGUGAGGCAGAGGUCCAGGGAGAGGCAGAAAGAAGCCGCGAAACACGUCCCGUUGUCCCAAACCGAGGACAACUCUUCUCGAAUUUCGCAGUUGGCUCAGAACGCGGAGGCCGGUCGGGUCAGAGUGCCGGAAGUGUUGCUCCGCAAAGGAGAGGUCCAGAAGAGGGUGGACGAGUGGCUGAGCCAGACGCAGAGCCAGAGUUUCUCGGUGUCUCGCGAGAAACCGUUGAUCAGGUCGAACAGCAGCGCGGAGCAGAAGAGUCAGAGGAGGUAUCGUCAGGAUUCGAGGUCCAGAUCGAUCGACGAGGGCAGGGACAAGUUGAACGGGACGUCGUCGAGCUACGACGACUUGAGUCGGACGGAUAGAAAGCCGGAAGCUCGUAAACUGGAGAAGGUGGUCGGAAACGCGGCUCGGGGGACGUACAAAGAGUAUUUAGCUCUGAAGAGUAGAAACAAGCAGCAGGAUUACGGUUUCAGCGCGUCGGCGAGCGCGAUCGGUCGAUCGAGGGACGCCAGUCCAUCGACCGGCUCCAGGAUACCUCAGAGAGGACCGUUGAGCUCGAGUUUCAGGACGAGGCGACCGGAGAACCCCACCGAUGCCGGUCAACCGGACAAUAACGUCGUGGAAUCGGUACAGCAGCAGGCGGAGAAGAAUUGUCGAGUGCGGAGCGUAACCGAGAGCAGAUCGACGAAUUUGGCGAAGAGCAGGAACGAGUCGGAUCACGGCAGGAUAUCUGGGCUAAGCGCCGCUACCGAAUCACGAUCAAAGCUCGACGAGGCCGCUCGUUAA